UGCGGGAGCCGCCCCAGCAGCUCGGCUCACCACCCCCCACAAGGGCGCUGCUCGUGUCACCUCGUGCCAUGCGCGCAGCGACUCUAUGCGAGUUGAUGUGCUGGAUCCGCACAACCGGUUGUCAGGCAUUGUGACUGCAAAACCAGAUCAAUGGAAAACAAACGUGCAUUAAUCAGAGAAAGGUGCAGGGAGUUCCCAACUCUCUUUAACCUGGAUGUACCCCUGGGUGUCAUACAAGUGGAGAGUGCCAUUGCUAAGCUGAAGCGUGAACAUGAAUGCCCGAACUUGGCCGAGGAAUUUGGCAACGAGUUGAAUUUGCUCAACAGCCUUGCGUACUUCUACCUGCGUCGGAACAAGUAUAAAGAUGCCAAGCCCUUGGUGGAGGAGGCCUUGGCCAAGGAGCCGCACAGCCUCACGGCCCUGGCCAACCAGUGCGAGAUGUUUCUGAUCCAGUACAAGUUCCCCGAGGCAGAGAAGGCAGUGUGCGCCAUGGAAAAGGAGAGCGAAAACAAGGAGGCAAUCGUCACAGCGCUGGCCGAGCAGGGCUACUGCUACACAAGAAUGGGCCCCAUCACCUACAUGAAGGCCAUCGCCAAGUUCACGCAGGCCACCACGAUGGGCCAUGGUCACUGCUCUGCAGACAAGAUGGCCUCCUGGCAUUUUAGCAUGGCUUCAAACUGCAGCAGGAGUAUGGUGAAUGACGUUGUGAAAGAGCACUCAGAUUUUAACAUUCAAGAAAAUUUUGAAAAAGGACGCAGAUCAUUGAAGUAUGUCAUCAAUUCGGGCAAAUCUUCAUUAAUUGCCAAAGCCUACAUUGUUUUGGGGGAGAUGACAAAACAUUAUUGGCAGGAAUUAAAGCGCAAACCAAUGAUCUAUGACAGAGACAAGGUCAUAGACGUGACAGAUGAGAAGAUUACUGUAUCACAGUGCUUCGAAUUGGCAUGUGAGCUGGGACCCUCGGACUACUGGGUGCUGGAGAGGGCCGGGAAACACCAGAGACACAGACGUCAGUAUGAGAAGGCCUUGGAACUGCUGUGGAAGGCACACUCCAUUUACUCAACAGCGUUUAAUCUCCACCACCUGGGCUUGACCUACAAAUCCCUCGCAUUGAAAGCCCAUGAGGAAGAAAACCCGAGGGAAAGAAGGAGCCAAAGUCAGCCAAGAUACGGUGGCAAUGACAGAGGAAGAGAACGAGGAGGCAUGCAUCACACGGAGCAGAGGGCCGACAGUCGGGAAGGACGCUCGGCAAGUUGGACGAGGAGAGGGCAAAGCGGUGUGUCCGAGAGGACAUUCCUACUUAAUGGCGCCACCUUGAUGCACUGCCCUGCAUCCAUAAUUGCCUAA